AUGACCAGCGACUCGGACGUCGAUGCAACCUUUGCCAACACGUUUGUCGUGCACGGGGAUGCGGAGGGCAGCGCCGUCACACUGCAGACGCUGAGUGCGGCAGAUCAUCCGCGAAAGAAGCGGGCGCAUCGCAAGAGCCGCCGUGGCUGUAUGGCCUGUAAGAGGCGCCGAGUCAAGUGCGAUGAGCGGGUUCCCUGUUCCCGAUGUGUCAAGCGCAAGGAGAGGUGCUUGCGAUCGCCUCCAGGCGAAGAAAUCGCCCCAAGCCUCUCUCAACCCAGGGCCCAUUUCGGGGCCUCUAAUGACGAGCAAAUCACCCUGCUUCAUCUCGAGUUGUUCUACCACUGGCAGAAGGAAACGCGGCCGACGCUGGCGUUUCCCGAGGUGUGGCCCGCGGUGCUUCAGCGGGCCUUUGAUGAGGAAUUCGUCAUGUCGACAGUGUUGUGCCUGGCGGCAACACAUCUGACUGCCCUGCGACCACAGGAUGUCAAGUACGCAAAUGCCUCGACGCGGCUGUUGUCCAAGUCCUUGCGCCUCCUCAGGCAGAACCUGUCACGGCCCUUUACCAAGGACACGUGCGACUCCAUAGUCGGAACCGCGAUACUCGUCAACUACAUCUCGUGGUGCCAUCUCGACUUCCUAGACGGACAGCGUGAUAACGACGCCGCGCUCGACCUGUCGCGGGACCAGCUCAUCCUUCUCAGCCCGGGCGUCCUGCAAGUCUUUUUCCAGGCCCUGCCGAUCUUCAUGGCAGAGAAGAGCGACUUCCUAGCGAUAGUCCACCAACACCCACGACUCAACAUCGAAGAGGCUCUGCGGAAAAGAGGCGUGGACCCGGCUCGCUUCGUGCAGCCGUUCAUGGCCAUAUACGACGAUCCACAGUACCAGACUCGCGGAUCUUAG